CUAGCCUUUAGUGGCUCAAAGGCGCAACUUUGCCGUCAGGGUGGUUUGAGUGCAGCCAGCGGGGACUGGCGCUGCUAGUCGCUCUUUCGUCGCAGUGGGCGUCAAGAGUAGUCGCAUGGCUGUCCACAAGACCAUGUACUUUCAAGGGUUGCUCUUUUCGCAGCUGUUCGGAUGAAGGGCAACAACGCGGGCCGCGGGGGUCAUGACGCUGAGGCGUCGUGUGGCUUUCUUAGCGACUGUGGCGGCUGUCCCGCUGACGAGCUUUGUGAACGAGCUACUGUUCCGUGAUGACGUCUCCCUCAUUUGUGAGUACAGCGCUUGGUUCAUGGACAACAUCCCUACCAUCGUGCUUGCCGAGGACUGGCGAGUUGGUGCCUUCGUGGCGAGCUGCAGGGAAACGUGGGAGACCACAACAGAGCAGGCUGUGAAAGACGAGCUGCUGAGGCUGCUGCACGGGGGCGACUUUGAGGCCGUGCUGGCCUCGCCGCCGACGUGCCCGCCCGUGUGCUCAGGGGAGAUCCCGAAGGCGAAGUCCUUUGAAGAGUGCGCCGCCGGGCUCGGGAAAGCGGCGGACGCUCAGGUGAGCCAGCUGAUGCGCCGCGUGGGGGCCCACCCGCUGCACCUGGAGACCAUCCGCGCGUCCGAGGUGCAGAGAGCCAUCGGGCACGGUGCUGUGGCGAAAUUCGACGCCACUGCCGUGUUGCCAAAGCACGUGUGGAACGUCUCGAUCAACGAUCUUUACGAGAUGCACAAAGCCGCAGCCGACCGGAUCGUGCACCAUGUGGCCUUGAAGUAUGGUGACCGUCCUGUCAAGGGUUCGCUUCUGUCGUACAGUGGGGACGCAACAUGCGAGAACGAACUCAUGGACGUGCGCCGUCAAGUGCAGAAUUGGGGAAUCAGGUCCUUUAAGACUCGUUUGGCCAUGGUGUUCCUGAUCCCAUACAUUCUGCAUCGCCACUGCCACGCUAACCCGUCUUUCAAGCAAGUCGCAGAGUUGUCCCAGGGCUUCGAGAGUGCGUUCCAGUUUGCUGUCUACAACCGCACUCGGAGUUUGGAGGUGCAUCGGAGGUUCUUAAAGUUCAGGAAUAAGAACAAAGCUCUGAUCACGUCGAACGUACACACGAAGUAUUUUCCCGAAUUCAUGAGGGAGGUUGACGUGGCCGGCAAGCUUGGUCUGACGGACAGCGUCUUGGCAACUCAUCAAUACUUGUGGUUCGGAGCCUCGCACGGGGCCAUUCACCAUGAUUUCCAGGACAAUGUUCUGAUUCAGGUCACGGGAGUGGUUGAGGGGAUCGUCGUACCGCCAAACUGCUCUCAUUUUCUCUUAGACAGCCCUUACAUGCAGAAGCCCGACGUGAACUGGCUGUGGCCAGAUCUCACCGACGGUUGGCCUCACAAGGCGCCUUUCUAUUACUUCACCCUGAGAGCUGGCGAGGGCAUUGUUAUCCCUGCGACCGCUCCUCACAGGAUCAUCUCCAGAUCCAGCCACCGCAUCGGCAUGAAUUCCUUCUUCGAGCCGAAGUUCAAGCGAAUGCAGUGGGGGUCGUCCGCUCCCGCAAAUUUCUUCCAGCUCCAGCCCGACAGUGUCCUUGCCGUACGGGCGCUCUGGACAGAGACGCUGGGGCGUUUGUUUGACACGCGCAGGAUCGUGCUGGCGAUGCACACCUCGAAACUUGAGUACAUCUGACGCGUUGUGGCACUGAAUAAGGACCUCUUCUCUAUCUUCCUCAUCUUGCCCACCCUCGUCAAAGUCAUCUACGCCAACAUGCCUGCGUGUGCACGUGCUUGCCUGCAAUUCCGC